AUGUUGUCACGCGUGGCUCGUCAGAAAAAUGCUCUCUUCCAUUCACGGAAGGCCCAUGCCCUUCGAACAUCGAUCUCCAUGCCGACAACACGUCUCCAUUCCUACACAAGCAACCGGGCUACCAUCGUGAACCCGCCAAUUAAUGCGACCCAAACAUAUGCCCGCAGACCAUCUUUCCAAUCUAAACGUCAUCUCGCUACGGCCGCCGACCACCCCGGUUUCGAUACGCAUUCAGCAGCCCCCUCCGACUCGUUCAUGCGGAUGCCCUACGAGUCGUUCGAUGCCUCCUCCUUGGUCAUUCUUGACUCUACCCCUCAGACACAAUCCAAAGUCUUCCGCAGGAGGCACGGUGUUGGCGGCGAUGAGACAGAAAUGCGAGCAAACCUUGAUGUCUCAUUGAAAGUUGGCCACUUUGAGCGAGCUGCCCAAUUAAUCAAUCGUCUUGGCCACUACCACCCGAUUGGCUCCCAGGAGUACCUGAAUUUACACAACCGCUACUUGAAGGAAAUGGUAUCGUACAUGAUUCUCAAUCGGGCCCAAGAAAUGGUCCUCCCUCUGCAGAAAUGGUUCGAGGUGGAUAUGCCCGCCGGUGGUGUGACGCCCAAUGAGGAGACCUUUGCAAUCAUGCUCCACAUGGCCAUCCGCAUGCUUCAUGGAACGAAGCGGGAAAGGACAGUACGUCGGUAUUGGGAGCUUGCACAAAACGCAGGGCUUGAAGAGGAAAUAGUCGGCUUGGAGAUGCUGGAGGAUUCCGAUGUUGGAGAGCUGUCGCGGAUUUGCUCUUCCGACAUGCUGGACUUGGUGUCUCAAUAUAUGAUGAUGGAUGGGUCCCUGGACGGGCCUCUGGAUGAAUCCCAGCUUGAGCGCGUACCUGCUGUCGUGGAUGAUGCUCCCACGAUUCAGUCGGUCGAUCAAAAGGGAUUAGGAUUGUCAUCUCUCAAAGAUUCUUUGUCCCUCUUCACAGACGUAGCUGAAAUUCAGCUACCCGCCGAUUUCCAAGGUACUGAGGAAGAAGCACAGCUUUUGCGCAACAACAUCAGACAACAGCGACUGGAAGCCGAUGGCGUUGAAUCGGCACUUACUCGUUGGCGCACAGAGAAUGCCAAGAGACAAAAAGCAGGCCUGAAUGCCCCGUCCGAGGAAAAGCGCCUCAACUUUGUCCUAAGUCAAUGGCACACGGAUCUUGUGGCAAGAAUCAAACAGGAAUUGGAACUUGUCGAAGAGGCACUGGCGAACCCAAUUACAAGCAUUGAGCAGCGUGAUCGUUGUGAUUAUGGCGUAUACCUUCAAUCGCUCGAUGCUGAUCGAUUGGCUGCACUCACCAUUAUUACAGUCAUGGCCGUGUUCAGCCGCACGGGAAUGGACAAAGGAAUCAAGCUUUCUGCUAUCGCCACGAGCCUUGGAAAAGAACUGCAAGACGAAUUGAUCGCCAAAAGGGUCAUAGCAAAAAGCAAGGGUGUAAACCCAAUCCGCCUUAAGGCCCUGAAGGAGACUCUCGCAAACCGCAAGACCAAGGAUGGCCGCAUGCGAUGGAAGAACCUUGUUGAAAAAGCCAACGAAGAAGAGUCACACGUUCACUGGGGCUCCCGUGUACAAGUCAGAGUUGGUGCAAGUCUCAUGAGCAUGCUCUUCGAUGCCGCUAAAAUCUCCGUCUGGACCGAGGACGCUGUUACCAAGAAGAAAGUUCGCACUACGCCACCAGCCUUCCAACACGCUUAUCAAAUUCACUAUGGAAAACGCUCGGGUCUUAUCCAUAUGCACCCUGAAAUUGUCAAAAUCGUGACAAAAGAGCCUGCUUCUGAAUUGUUGGCCCGCCACCUCCCCAUGGUCACCAAACCAAAGCCGUGGAUUGGACCAAGGAACGGUGGUUACACAGUCUAUGAAAGCAGCCUGGUGCGCAGUACUGCCGGUGAAAUCUUACAACCGGCUUACAUCAAAGCCGCUAUGAAGGACGAUGGCAUGAAGGAUAUUCGAGCUGGUCUUGAUGUUCUUGGAAGUACUGCCUGGAGAAUCAACCGGCCCGUCUUCGAUGUAAUGGUUCAAGCUUGGAACACUGGAGACGCUGUGGGAAAAAUUGCUCCCCUGGACCCAGAACUGCCAAUGCCGUCACAGCCAAGUUCGGAUGCCUCCCCUGCAGAACAGCAACAAUGGAGUCGACGGGUGCGAGAAAUCGAGAACCUUCGUUCUGGAUACCACUCUAUUCGCUGUUUCCAGAAUUUCCAACUCGAAAUCGCCAGAGCCUACCGAAGCGAGGUCUUCUACUUACCUCAUAACAUGGACUUCCGAGGCAGAGCAUACCCUCUUCCUCCCUAUCUGAACCAGAUGGGAGCUGACAACUGCAGAGGGUUACUGCUUUUCGAUACAGGCAAAGAACUCGGUGUAAGUGGCUUGCGCUGGUUGAAGAUUCAGGUUGCAAACUUGAGUGGCUUUGAUAAGGCCAGUAUGUCUGAACGAGAGCAAUACACCAUGGACAAAUUGGAUGAUGUUCUGGACUCCGCCAACAACGGUCUCAACGGACGCAAAUGGUGGCUCAAAGCAGAGGAUCCAUGGCAGUGUCUGGCUGCCUGUGUUGAAUUGCGCAACGCCUUGGAACUAUCUGACCCCACUAAAUAUGUGUCUCAUCUUCCCAUCCAUCAGGAUGGUUCCUGCAAUGGUCUUCAACACUACGCUGCCCUGGGUGGUGACAAGGCCGGUGCUCAACAAGUCAACCUUGAGCCCUCAGAUCGCCCGUCAGAUGUUUAUUCCGGCGUAUGUGACUUUGUCAACGAGAGUAUUACGCAGGACGCGGCCAAUGGCAAUGAUUUAGCCAAGGUUCUCGAUGGCAGAGUGACAAGAAAGAUCGUGAAGCAGACAGUUAUGACCAAUGUAUACGGCGUGACUUUCAUGGGAGCGACAAGACAAGUGAAAAAGCAGCUUAUCGACUACUUACCAGACCUGUCUGGCCAAGAAAGGAUCCAGGCGUCUAUUUAUAUCGCCCAGAAAAUUUUCGGCGCUCUUGGCAGCAUGUUCAAUGGAGCUCACGACAUUCAAUAUUGGCUCGGCGACUCUGCGCUCCGCAUCACACAGUCCUUAACACCGGAGCAAAUCGAACAACUCACUGAGCAAGUGUUGACACACAAGGCCAACACCGGCUCUGCUACUCCCAGAGCCCUCGACCCCGAGAAGUCUUUCCAGUCGACUGUCAUCUGGACCACUCCGCUGGGUCUUCCAGUUGUCCAGCCAUACCGAACUCGGAAGGCUCGCCGUGUGCAAACUACCUUGCAAGAAAUCAGUAUCAUGGAUCCAAGUGUCGAUGAUGUUGUCUCCAAGCGCAAGCAGCUUCAAGCUUUCCCGCCUAACUUCAUUCAUUCACUCGAUGCCACGCACAUGAUUUUGUCUGCCAACGCUUGCCACGAAGCAGGCCUGACCUUCUCCGCCGUCCAUGAUUCCUUCUGGACCCAUGCCGGUGAUGUCGACCAGAUGAAUGAAAUGCUUCGAGAUGCUUUUGUUCGCAUGCACAGUGACGAUAUUAUUGGCCGUCUCGCAUCCGAGUUCAAGGUGCGAUAUGGCAAGAACUUGUUCCUUGCCAGAGUUCCUUUGACCGGCAAGCACGGCAAAGCAAUUCGCGCUCUGCGGAAGGGCGGUAAGAGCUCUAAACUCGCCGAGCUGAUUCAAGAGCAACGACGACAGACUCUUCUUAGGUCCGACGACCCCGAAGACCAGGCGGAAGGUCGUGCUAUGGUCACCCCCGCCAGCGUGUUUGAAGAGAUGGGUGGCACAGACGAAGACCUGUCCAUGACCAAAUCAUUGGGUGCAACCGCAAUGGGCCAUGUGCCCGAGAACCUUGAAUCCGCAGAGCGUGCGCCUAUGUUAGACGGAAUCGAUACCGCCGAUCCGGCCAUCCAGGGUCUGAUUGGAAACAUGGACUUGCCCGACGGCAAGCUUCUUGACGACGAACCAGAGCCUGUGCUAGAAACCACGGACAAGCCUGCUCCCGCUAAGAAACAAUCAUCCCGCGCCGCGACAACUUGGAUGUGGGUUCCGCUGAGAUUCCGCUCAGUCCCUAAGAAGGGAGACUGGGAUUUGACUCGCAUUCGCGAAAGCAAGUACUUCUUCUCUUGA